AUGGCUUUCAACAAUGCUCAGUUGCAUCCUGCAGCUGUGUGCUUCCUCCCUCGUGAUCUGUCCAACACUGAUAUUCUUCACUCCAUCAAUCUCUGGAUCAUUUCCAAUGCCAAAGCCGGUCGUUCAAUCGGCUAUGUGUCUCUCAUGUUUCAACACAUGAUUAAGUUUGGCCUGGAAUAUUUUGGUGGUCCACUACCUUUUGGCCAUCAAAUCAACAAACUUCUAUACCAGCUUGGUAUUGAUCUGUGUGACAAAGUCACCAUAUGCAAUGUCCUGGAUGACUUACGUCCGCAGCAUGUUUUGGCUAGACUUAAUGCUCUGGUUGGCCCCCGAAAGCCUGUCACUGGCUCAGGGGGAGUCAUGAUCAGUCCUAAAACCUAUCAAUCUGAACGCCUAGCUGACGGCAUCUCGGAUUAUGAGUCUCCUCCAAAAUAUUAG